CAUGGAAGGUCAUCACCACCGGAAGGAGGUCCUUGGCAGUGCAUUCAAGAUGGCGGCCCCCUUGUGUCGGUGUUAUCAGAUGUGUGUGAGAAGAGGCAUGGUGGCAUUUACCUCGUCUUACCGGCUACUUCACUACAGACCCGGUGUCUUCAGGAUACGGGGGCUUCUCACGCGCCCAUCACAGGUGGCUUGGUCACCACCUCUGCAUGUAAGGUAUUUGUCCGGGGAGAGAGGUGGUGGAAGAAAAGGUUUCCUGGGGGAGUUUCUGGACAACUUGAAGCAGGAGCUAAACAAGAAUAAGGACAUGAAAGAAAACAUCAAGAAGUUCCGGGAAGAGGCCAAAAAAUUGGAGGAGUCCGACGCAUUGAAACAAGCUCGAAGGAAAUAUAAAAAUAUAGAAUCUGAAACAGCGAAAACCUCUGAGGUUCUCAGGAAGAAGUUGGGAAACAUCUCUGAGACGGUUAAAGAGGGGCUGGAGGAGGUCAGCCGAACAGAUAUUGGGAAGAAAAUCAAGGAGGGAAUGGAAGAAGCAGCCAAAUCCGCAAAGACGUCUGCAGAGUCCGUCUCAAAGAGUGGAGGGAUUUUGGGGAAGACUAGUGCAUUCAAAGCAAUAUCUCAUGGCAUGGAGAGUGUAAAGAAAGAGAUUGGGGACCUGGGUCACACCGGCCCAUAUCGGCCCCCCGCCAGACUCCGCAAGAGAAGCGAGUUUUCCUCCAAGGGGGGAGGGGAUGACGGCAAGGUCUUCGAAGCCAACGAGGAAGCUAUGGGUGUGGUGCUCCACAAGGACUCAAAAUGGUACCAGCAGUGGAAGGACUUCAAAGACAACAACAUGGUCUUCAACAGGUUCUUUGAGAUGAAGAUGAAGUAUGAUGAGAGCGACAAUGCCUUUGUCAGAGCAUCUCGUGCCGUCACCGACAAGAUGACCGACGUCUUAGGUGGGCUCUUUUCCAAGACGGAGAUGUCUGAGGUUCUAACAGAGAUUUUGAAGGUGGACCCUUCAUUCGACAAAGAUUCCUUCCUCAAGCAGUGUGAAGGAGAUAUCAUCCCCAAUAUACUGGAGGCAAUGAUCAGAGGGGAGCUGGAGGUUCUGAAGGACUGGUGUUACGAAGCGACAUACAGUCAGCUGGCACACCCAAUUCAGCAAGCCAAGGCCAUGGGACUUCAGUUCCACUCUAACAUCCUGGACAUUGACAACAUUGAUUUGGCUAUGGGGAAGAUGAUGGACCAGGGUCCAGUAUUGAUCAUCACCUUCCAGGCUCAGUUAGUCAUGGUGAUACGUAACACCAAAGGAGAAGUUGUCGAGGGAGACCCUGACAAAGUGUUGAGGAUGAUGUACGUGUGGGCUCUGUGUCGCGACCAGGAGGAGCUCAACCCAAAUGCUGCCUGGAGACUGCUUGACAUCUCUGCAUCUAGCACUGAACAGAUCCUCUAAGACUCUUUUGAUGCGUAAGAAGACACUCAACCCAGCAAGAGGACAUGCCUUGGACCUGGAUGGGGAGAAAAGGAUGGGAGGGGAGAGGAAGGCACGUGGAUGUGAAGGACAGUGACGGCUGCAUGGGCUCACUUUACAACACGAGCGUUGUGGGAAAGUGCUGCCUAACAGUUGGUGCUUCACUGUCCCUUUUUUUUUUUUUAACUACACAGGCAUACGGCUUAGUCCCUAUAGUUGCUUUGAUGCCAUUCCUCUGGCUCACACUAGGGGGCGGUAGACUAUCAACAACUGUCACUAACUGUACUUUCUGCAAAGCCUGCAAGGCUGUCCAUGUAUUGAACCUGCAUGGUGCAAGACAGUUGUUGUUGGAUGAAUGGAGUUAGUUAACUUACACUCAGCUCUUUGAUUAUGAGCAUGAGAGAAGAAAACAUGGAAAUAAAUGCUGCACUUUCUUACUUUUACGAGCCUUUUAACCUUCAGGUUGAUCUUGGAAAUGUCAGACAUCUCUGCAACCUUCCUCUUACUCCCUCACGUCCUCUCUGAGGCUUCGUUGUCUUGGUGGUGUUGUGGCCGAUUAGUGCUCUUCUCGGACCUUGUAUGAAUGAUAAUUGUCCAUUGUAAUUGUUAAACUGAGGAAAAGUCUAUAUUUAUUAUGAAAAAUAAAAAUCACCCAGUUUUUCCAUA